AACCCGUGUAAUGAUUCAUUAAUUAACUAAAGCAAAUCCAUGCAACUUACGUUCCCAAAGAUAUUAUUUAAGAAAAACCAACAUCACUAAGUUUUUUUUAACUCUCUCUUUUACAUGUUUGAGUCAGUUUUGUCCCAUCAACACUACUCUUAUGGCUUCCUCCAUUGCAAAAGUGUUGCAGCUCCUCUGCAUAAUCUUCUUCUCAACAACCUGCAGUGCUCUCCACAAUACUUCUUCUUCUUCUUCUUCCACAAAUGCUACUAAUUUUAAUCCCAACUUGUCUUCAAUAAGAUCAUUCUGCAAGUCCACUCCAUACCCAGAUGUAUGCUUUGACUCAUUGAAACUUUCAAUCUCAAUAAACAUCAGUCCUAACAUCAUAACCUACCUCCUCCAGUCUCUCCAAGUUGCGAUAUCCGAAGCUGGGAAGCUUUCUGAUCUUUUCUACAAGGCUGGACAGUACUCAAAUAUCGUUGAGAAGCAAAGGGGAGCUAUCCAGGAUUGUAAGGAGCUUCACCAAAUCACACUCUCUUCUCUACAAAGAUCCGUCUCUCGGGUUCGAGCAGGCAACACCAAGAAACUAAAUGAUGCAAGAGCUUACCUCAGUGCUGCUCUUACAAACAAGAACACAUGCUUGGAAGGCUUGGAUUCUGCUUCUGGCCCUAUGAAGCCGGCUCUAGUAAAUUCCUUAACUAGUACAUACAAGUAUGUUAGCAAUUCUCUCUCAGUUAUCUCAAAGCCAGGGGCUCCAAAAGGCGGUACAAACCGGCAUCUCUUGGCUGUUCCAACAUGGAUGUCAAGGAAAGAUCGCCGGAUCCUGGAGAGCUCUGGCGACAAAUAUGAUCCAAGUGAAGUCCUAACAGUUGCAGCAGAUGGGACUGGGAACUUUACCACCAUUACUGAUGCUGUUAAUUUUGCUCCAAAUAAUAGUUAUGAUAGAACAAUCAUCUAUGUCAAGGAAGGCGUUUAUGUUGAAAAUGUGGAAAUCCCAAGCUACAAGACCAACAUUGUUCUUCUUGGAGAUGGAAGAGACAUCACUGUCAUAACUGGUAACAGAAGUGUAGUUGAUGGCUGGACCACAUUCAGAUCUGCAACCCUAGCUGUUUCUGGAGAGGGGUUUCUGGCAAGAGAUAUAACAUUUGAGAACACAGCUGGACCAGAAAAGCACCAAGCUGUUGCUCUCAGAGUGAAUGCAGACUUUGCUGCAAUCUACAAGUGCAUCAUCAAUGGCUACCAGGACACGUUGUAUGUCCACUCUUUCAGACAAUUUUACAGAGAGUGUGACAUAUUUGGGACCAUAGAUUAUAUAUUUGGCAAUGCAGCAGUGAUAUUCCAAGGAUGUGACAUUGUAUCCAAGAUGCCAAUGCCGGGACAGUUCACGGUCAUCACAGCACAAUCCAGAGACACAGCAGAUGAAGACACAGGAAUCUCCAUACAGAAUUGUUCAAUUGUGGCCACCGAUGACUUGUACUCAAACUCCAGGAUUGUAAAAAGCUACCUAGGCCGGCCAUGGAGGGUGUUCUCUAGGACAGUGUACCUAGAGUCCUACAUUGGUGACUUUAUUGACCCAACUGGGUGGAGACAGUGGUCUGGGGAUCUAGGGUUGGACACUUUGUACUAUGGAGAGUAUGAAAAUUAUGGGCCUGGUUCAUUGACAGAAAAUAGGGUUAAGUGGACUGGAUAUCAUAUUAUGGAAUAUUAUGAUGCAGCAAACUUCACAGUAUCAGAGUUUAUUAUUGGUGAUGAAUGGCUGCAGGCCACUUCAUUUCCUUAUGAUGAUGGCAUCUGAUCUUUGGGAUUUCUGUAUUAAUGAAUGUUCUUCUAUGUAAGAAUUCUCCUACAAAAUAAGAAAGAUUAUCAAUGUUUUAUAAGUGUGCAAGAUAGGUACACCAAAGGUAGAAGUUGUAUGGAUGAGGUCAAAUAUUUUCUGAUAUUA